AUGACAGACCCUGGAGCUCAAGCACUUGCUGUUCCCAGUCAACCCACGCCACCGAUUCCUACUCCUCCUGCUCCAGAGUCACCGCAGGCCAAGGCACUUACGCCACCGGCACGCAGUGCAUCUCCGCGCCCUGGCCCCACGAAGACGAAAAAGAAUCGGUCAACCUUACUCAAUGGAGCCUUUGGUGGACUUAUCGAGGGCACAGUUCCGCCUAUUAACGUGCUCAUUGUCGAGGAUAACGUCAUCAAUCAGAGGCUCUUAGAGGCGUUCAUGAAACGCCUCAGUGUGCGAUGGAAGUGUGCAGCCAACGGAGCAGAAGCUGUGAAGAAAUGGCGUGAGGGUGGAUUUCAUCUCGUGCUGAUGGAUAUUCAAUUGCCCGUGAUGAACGGAUUGGAGGCCACAAAGGAGAUCCGUCGGCUUGAGCGGUUGAAUGGGAUUGGCGUGUUCCCCAAGAAGGAUUCCGGCGUGCGCAGUGCGGCUGGUGGGAAUACCACCAACUCAGAUCCUCUAACUGAGGAGGACACGCUGCAUGAUUUGUCGCUAUUCAGGAGUCCUGUCAUUAUCGUGGCUCUGACAGCUUCCAGCUUGCAAAGUGAUCGCCACGAGGCUUUGGCAGCCGGUUGCAAUGACUUUUUGACCAAGGUAAUUCUCUCCGAACUUAAUCGCACGUACCAAGCUAACAUAUGUAGCCCGUUCGAUUCGAAUGGUUGGAGCAGAAGGUGA